AUGGCAUCGCCGGCCCUUUGUAGCCAUGCUCCGCAGAGCGGCUCCAGGCCAAAGUCGCGCUUCGUCCUCGCUCUCCUGGCGAUGAUUUGCUGGCAGAUGAGCCGGCAUUCAGUGAGCGCGUUCCUUCCUGGAUUUCAGGGAAGACGGCUUGCCAUUCAAGCUGCAUUGGUUGGCCUGGUGCCACAGGCGGCCAAAGCCGAGGAGGGAGCUCCUGUGAAGAAGGGCGGCAGAGCAUCCAAGUGGUAUGGGAUCUACGAGGACCCGAAGCACCCCUCAUGUGAUCGAUCCAUCGUCAUCGCUUUUGAUGGCACUAAGGGGAAGAUCGAAGGCUACGACUUGUCCGGAGCCGGUGACGAGGGCAAGUUCAAUUGCCGCAAGCGGAGGGAUGUGCAGUACUACGACUGGUCGCUGAAGGUCAGUCUGGCCAACAAAGAUGCCAACGAGCUCGUGGUUGAACAAGCAGGCAGGGAUAUCGUGGACCGCAAGCGCAUCGGCCAGCCGUCAGAGGUAAUUGCAAAGUGGGACGGCGACGGCAUCCUGUGGCCAGAUGGCACCAAGUGGCCAUCUGCAGCUGUUUGUCCAGUUUUUCGUGAUGGUGACGAUGCAGGGAGGGACAUGUCCAGGUGCUCGCUGCAGGAUGGGAGGAUGGCCGGGGCUCCAGCGGAGAGUGCGGUGACUUUUAGUGGGCCUGCCUGCAGCAGUGCUCGAGACGAUCGGGAAGUCCAUAGAGACUCCCGCAUCAUGAGCAUCACUUUCAAUCCGCAUGGCAGCCGAUGCGUGACCACGGACAACAACGGUGUUGUCGGAGUCUGGAAAACCGACAUGAGAGGUUUGUGCAACCAGAUGUGCCACUACAGGAAAACUGGUGCGCAUGACAAAGUGAUUUUCCGAACCAUGACACCCUCAGGCGAGCCAAAUUUGGACAACCCGCCCUUCUUCUUCGGGGGAGAACAAGGUAUCAUCUAUCUGGCCGAUGAUUUUGGCCUAUGUUCUGAACGAUACAAGAUCGGUUCGCCGCUGCUCUUGCUGGAGUACUAUCGCGAGAAGGCCCCAGGGACCAGGGACCAGCCUUGA